AGUCAGCAAGCAAAAAAAGAAAAUGAACAAGCCGUCAGGGAUAUCAAGGUCUGAGGGAGUGACUGAGGAACAGUUCGGGUGUGCCAGUGGUCCCGCACACACCUCCUGGACCUGCCAUCUCCCUGUUGUUGUUGCUGCUAUUGCACGACACUACAUUUUUUCACGUCACCUGAUACCGGCGGCCAUGCAGUGGUGCACCGUGUUGCUGUUGGUAGCGGGGACGCUUGUCGGGGUCAUGGGAGAUCCAGGCAACUUCGCCAACGCUGAAUACAAAUCCAGACAGAAGCGAGAGCCAGGUCGUCCCCAAGCAUAUGCCUUCACCGUCAGAUCUGGAGGAGGUUGCAGCACCUGUGGAGGCGGUCUAGUUGGAGGAGGUGGAGGAGGAUAUGUCAGCGGAGGUGGUGGAGGAGGAAGCUAUUAUAGUGGACGGGGAGGAGGCUUAGGAGGAGGUUUAGGAGGAGGAGGAGGAGGAGGAGGAGGAGGAGGAUGGGGAGCAAGUGAUAUUGCAUCUGGUGUGGCAGGAGGCAUCAGAGCGGUAGCUGAUGGGAUACAAACCAUUGGAGCAUUAGGAGGGGGAGGGUGUGGAGGCGGCGGCUGUGGUGGCGGUUCACUCGGAGGGAGAGGUUGUGGAGGAGGCGGCGGCUGUGGUGGCGGCUCUCUCGGAGGGGGAGGUUGUGGAGGCGGCGGCUGUGGUGGCGGCUCUCUCGGGGGCAGCGGCUACGGCAAUUCAAGAUCGUACAGCAGCUCCUCGGCUUCCAGCGGGGCCUACAGCAGCUCUGGUUACCGAGGCCGACGAUCACCAAGAAGGAACUCUUCGGGCGGAUCAAGCGCCGAAGAAGACCGCCACAAAAGAAACACCGAGGAGGCCGCCGAAAGCAAUCCCCGACAGAAGCGAUCUACCGAAGACCCUCAGGCAUCAGCUGAUUCUACCGAGGGGAACUUCCAUCGGCCUGAACCUCUGGCGGCAGUACCACAAGACUCGGGUGCUGGGAGGGCCGUGAGAGAGGCCAGCAAACUCUGUUACUCGUGUGGCGGUGCUGGUAGAGGUGGUGGUGGUGGUGGUGGUGGUGGCGGUGGCGGCUUUGGUGGUGGAAUUGGAGGCGGAUCAGGUGGCGGAUAUAGUGGUGAAUCAGACGGUGGAUUUGGCGGGGGAUCAGGUGGUGGAAUUGGAGGUGGAUCAGGUGGUGGAAUUGGAGGCGGAUCAGGUGGUGGAAUUGGAGGCGGAUCAGGUGGUGGAAUUGGAGGCGGAUCAGGUGGUGGAAUUGGAGGCGGAUCAGGUGGUGGAAUUGGAGGUGGAUCAGGUGGUGGAAUUGGAGGUGGAUCAGGUGGCGGAUAUAGUGGUGAAUCAGACGGUGGAUUUGGCGGUGGAUCAGGUGGCGGAUAUAGUAGUGAAUCAGGCGGUGGAUUUAGCGGGGGAUCAGGGGGUGGAUUCGGCGGGGGAUCAGGAGGUGGAUUCGGCGGGGGAUCAGGAGGUGGAUUCGGCGGGGGAUCAGGAGGUGGAUUCGGCGGGGGAUCAGGAAGCGGAUUCGGCAGUGGAUCAGGAAGCGGAUUCGGCAGUGGAUCAGGAAGCGGAUUCGGCAGUGGAUUAGGAAGCACACGCAGCAGUGGACCUGGAGGUAGAUAUGGGAGUGAAUUAAGUACAAGACGUGGAUCAUUUCAUGGCGGUGGUGGAGGAGGCGGCAGUGGACCCGAAGGCUCCUGGGGCACCGGCACGACUUUCCAUGGCGACAGUGCCGGAGUGAGAGGAGUCAGAGUUACGGUCAAGAAAGGUGCCGGAGAGCGACCCUGAGGCUGUACCCCUUUACACUGUGCCACACCUCUGUGCCACUAGCAUCCCUCUCUCCCUCUCUCUCACUGUGCCACACCCCUCUACCACUAGCAUCCCUCCCUCUCUCUCACUGUGCCACACCCUCCCUCUCAUUACGCCAGACCUACCUUCUGGUAAGGCGAGUUAACUGUUAUCUAAAAAAGGUAAAAAUCGUUGCCUCCAUAGAUGUAGAACAACACUGUCUUCAUGAAUGUAAACAACGUUGUCUUCAUGAAGGCAAAACAUUUUCUUCACAAAGGUAAACAUUGUUAUUUUCCUGAAGGCAAAACAACAUUGUCUUCACGAAGGUAAACAACGUAUUCACGGGAAUAAAACAAUUAAACAAGAGGUGAGUAAAACAAUUAAACAAGAGGUGUUUUAGCAAAGAUUCUGUUUUGUAGUUUCCUGUCAUGUAAUAUAAUCAGGCUGUAAUGUAUAUGUAUUUAGUACCGCUGUCCACUCCGGUGUUUGUUCAUACUUUCUCAAGGCUAAAAUUCUCUGUUAUGUUUCUUGUUAUUUGAGAGUUGCUAUUUAGUGUAAUAACUAAGACCUAGUGAACGGUGCUUCAUAAUCCUGGCACAUGAAGUACUUAAAACUAAGACCUAGUGAACGGUGCUUCAUAACCCUGGCAGAUGAUAUACCGUAUUAACAGAACUAUAUCAGGCCUCACAAAAUACUGUACUGAGUGGACACAACCAUAGUAGUGUUACACUUUGUUUUGUUUCAUGUAAUUUUCAAAACUAAUGUGCUUGAUGUAAAAUACUGAAUAAAUUAAAGUUUUCAAUUAAA